AUGACUUAUUCUAAAGAAGUUGAGACUCUUCUUUCAGAAGGAUCGAAAUUAUAUGCUGCAAAGGAAUAUGAACAAGCUUCAGAAAAAUAUGCUGAAGCUUGUGAAUCAUUUAGUAUAAGUAAUGGACAGGAUGAUGCUGAUUUGCUUCUAUUAUAUGGUAAGGCUUUAUUUCAAGGAGCUGUUUCUAGAUCUGAAGUAUUUGGAGGUGCUCAAGGGGCUGCCAAUAAAUCUGAAGAAGUAGAGAAAAAGGAUGAAGAAGAUGGUAAUUUUCAAUUUUGUGAUGAUGGUCCAUUAGCUGAAGAAGAAGAAGAAGAAGAAGAAGAAGAAAAUAAUGAAAUUAAUAACGAAGAAAAUGAGGAACAAAACAAUGAAGAAGACAAUCUGAGUAGCGGAGAAGAUGAUGAAGCACCUAAUGAAGAAGAACAAAGUGAUUUUGAAAUUGCUUGGGAAAUUCUCGAUUUAACAAGAGCAUUAUUUGAACAAGAACGUGAACAAGUUAUAAAUGAAAAGGAUCAAUUGACUUCACCAUAUUUGAAAUCAGAUACUGAAGAAUCAACCAAUAAAUUUAUAAUAUUAACUAAAAAACUUUCUGAAACUUAUGAUUUAUUAGGGGAAGUUUCUUUAGAAUCUGAAAAUUUUGUACAAUCGGCAAAAGAUUUAGAAAAAUGUUUAAAUUUAAGACUUGAGUUAUAUGAACCAAAUUCUUCAUUAAUUUCUGAAUCUCAUUAUAAACUUUCACUUGCCUUGGAAUUUUGUGUUGAAGAUGAAAAUCUGAAAGUAAAUGCUAUUAAGCAUUUAAAAUUAGCAAUUAAAUCAGUUCAAUUUAGAAAUGAUAAUGAAAAAGAUUUACAAAAGAAGAAAGAUAACGAAGAAUUAAUUCAAGAUUUAUCAAUUAAAUUAGAAGAAUUAGAAAAAGAAUCAUUGCCAGAAUUUGAUGAAGAAAAAUUAGAUAUUAUUAAAGGAUUAUUAGGACAACCAACUGGAGAAAACUCCUCAACUACAAAUCAAUCUAAAAAGGCUAAUGAUUUAACGUCUUCCGUUAAGAAAACUAAAAGAACAGCACCAGUAGUUAAUGAUUUGACCUCUAUGGUUAAAAAGAGAAAGGUUCCUAAAGAAGAAAAGAAGAAAUAG